CCAGUACAGGCAGGGGAGAGACCAACAACACACGUCUCUCCCGAUCUCCUCCAGACACAGAAAUACCACAAUUUUUUUUUACUUUUUUCUUGAGAAGAAAGAAGGUGCAUAAGAGACACACGAGAAAAGGCUUUGACCCAGGCCGCCCUCGACAAAAUGGCCGGCUUGGAGAGCAAGGCGCCGCUGCGGCCGGUCAGGAGGGUCCAGUUCGGUAUUCUCAGUCCGGACGAAAUCCGCCGCAUGUCCGUGACCGAGGGCGGGAUCAUGUUUUCCGAAGUCUACGAGAAUGGGCGGCCGAAGUUGGGCGGCCUCAUGGACCCUCGUCAAGGCUGUUUGGACAGGAACACCCGUUGUACCACAUGCGCGGGCAACAUGGCCGAUUGUCCGGGUCAUUUCGGCCACAUGGACCUUGCCAAACCGGUCUACCACGUUGGGUUUCUCACCAAGACCAUGAAGAUUCUCCGAUGCGUGUGCUUCUAUUGCAGCAAGUUGCUUUAUAACACGCAACACCCAAAAGUUCGCGAGAUCGUCACCAAGUCGAAGGGUCAGCCUCGGAAGCGCCUCCUGCACGUCUACAACCUGUGCAAGGGCAAGAUGAUCUGCGAAGGAGGCGACGAAGUGGACAUCGUGAAGGAGCCCGAGGACGUCGGCCAGCACCCUCACCACCCUCACCACCCUCACCACACCGCCCAGCUCCGGAAGGCAACCACGGGCGGCCACGGGGGUUGUGGGCGGUACCAGCCGAACGUGAAGAGGGUGGGACUCGACCUGAUUGCCGAGUGGAAGCACGUCAACGAAGACACUCAGGAGAAGAAGCAGACCCUCUCAGCAGAGAGGGUCUACGAGAUCUUCAAGCAUAUUUCAGACGAGGACUGCUACCUGCUGGGCAUGGACCCCCGCUACGCGCGCCCCGAUUGGAUGAUCCUGACGGUGCUGCCCGUGCCGCCGCUGCCCGUGCGCCCCGCCGUCGUGAUGUACGGCUCGGCGCGCAACCAGGACGACCUCACGCACAAGCUCUCCGACAUCAUCAAGGCCAACAACGAGCUCCUGCGCAACGAGCAGAGCGGGGCGGCCGCGCACGUCAUCGUCGAGAACAUCAAGAUGCUGCAGUUCCACGUGGCCACCAUGACGGACAACGACAUGCCCGGCAUGCCCAGGGCGCUGCAGAAGUCCGGGCGGCCGCUCAAGGCCCUCAAGUCGCGCCUCAAGGGCAAGGAGGGCAGGAUCCGCGGCAACCUAAUGGGCAAGAGGGUCGACUUCUCCGCCAGGACCGUCAUCACCGCCGACCCCAACCUCAGGAUCGACCAGGUGGGCGUCCCGAGGUCCAUCGCGCAGAACCUCACCUACCCAGAGAUCGUCACGCCCUUCAACAUGACCAAGAUGAUGGAACUAGUGAAACGCGGCAAUAACCAGUACCCGGGCGCCAAGUACAUCGUGCGGGACAACGGGGCCCGGAUCGACCUGCGUUACCACCCGAAGCCCUCCGACCUCCAUUUACAGUGCGGGUAUCGGGUCGAACGUCACAUCACGGACGGCGACCUCAUCAUUUUCAAUCGGCAACCCACACUUCAUAAGAUGUCUAUGAUGGGGCAUAGGGUGAAGGUCCUCCCUUGGUCCACGUUUCGCAUGAACCUCUCUGUGACGUCACCUUACAACGCGGACUUCGACGGUGAUGAGAUGAAUCUGCACGUCCCCCAGAGCAUGGAGACGCGAGCCGAGAUUGAGAACUUGCAUUUGACGCCCAGGAUGGUUGUUACGCCACAGUCCAACAGGCCUGUCAUGGGUAUUGUGCAAGAUACCCUCACGGCCGUUCGGAAGAUGACGAAAAGGGACGUGUUUUUGGAGAAGUCGGAGAUGAUGGACUUGCUUAUGUUCCUUCCAAUCUGGGACGGAAGGAUGCCCCAUCCGGCCAUCCUCAAACCCAAGCCCCUGUGGACCGGGAAACAACUCUUCUCUCUCAUUAUUCCCGGUAAUAUUAAUGUAGUGAAGACCCACGCGACACACCCUGACGACGAGGAUGACGGCCCGUAUAAGUGGAUCUCGCCGGGAGACACUAAGGUCCUGGUGGAGCACGGCGAGCUGAUCAUGGGCAUCCUGUGCAAGAAGACGCUGGGCGCGUCGUCGGGCUCCAUGAUGCACUUGGCGUGGAUGGAGCUCGGCCACGAGAUCGCCGGCCGCUUCUACGGCAACAUCCAGACGGUGGUGAACAACUGGCUGCUGCUGGAGGGCCACAGCAUCGGCAUCGGCGACACCAUCUCGGACCCGAACACGUACCGCGUGAUCCAGAACACCAUCAAGAAGGCCAAGGAGGACGUGAUCGAGGUGAUCCACAAGGCGCACAACGACGAGCUCGAGCCCACGCCGGGCAACACGCUCCGCCAGACGUUCGAGAACCAGGUGAACCGCAUCCUCAACGACGCCCGUGACAAGACGGGCGGCUCGGCCAAGAAGUCCCUCACGGAGUACAACAACCUGAAGGCCAUGGUGGUGGCGGGCUCCAAGGGCUCCAACAUCAACAUCUCGCAGGUGAUCGCGUGCGUGGGCCAGCAGAACGUCGAGGGCAAGCGCAUCCCCUUCGGCUUCCGCAAGCGGACGCUGCCGCACUUCAUCAAGGACGACUACGGGCCCGAGUCGAGGGGCUUCGUCGAGAACUCGUACCUGGCCGGCCUCACGCCCUCCGAGUUCUACUUCCACGCCAUGGGCGGCCGCGAGGGCCUCAUCGACACGGCCGUCAAGACCGCCGAGACAGGCUACAUCCAGCGGCGUCUGAUCAAGGCCAUGGAGAGCGUGAUGGUAAACUACGACGGCACCGUCAGGAACAGCGUGAGCCAGGUCAUCCAGCUCCGGUACGGCGAGGACGGCCUCGCCGGAGAGUUCGUCGAGUUCCAGAACCUGCCCACCAUCAAGCUGUCGACGCGCCGCUUCGAGGACCGCUACCGCUUCGACAUCUCCAACGAGAGGUACCUCCGGAAGCUGUUCACGGAGGAGGUGGUCAGGGACGUCCUCGGCUCGCCCGACGCCAUCACCAGCCUCGAGACCGAGUGGCAGAGGCUGCAGGAGGACCGGCAGAUCCUUCGGCAGGUGUUCACGAAGGGCGACUCCAAGGUGGUCCUCCCGUGCAACCUGGACCGCAUGAUCUGGAACGUGCAGAAGAUCUUCCACAUCAACAAGCGCACCCAGACGGACCUCUCGCCGGUGCGGGUCGUCGACGGCGUCAAGAGGAUGCUCGACAGGUGCAUCGUCGUCAGCGGGAACGACCGGAUCAGUCGUCAGGCGAACGAAAACGCCACGCUGCUGUUCCAGUGUCUCGUGAGGUCGACCUUAUGCACGAAGAAGGUGGCGGAGGAAUACAGGUUGACGGUCGAGGCUUUCAACUGGCUGGUCGGCGAGAUCGAGACGCGGUUCAACCAGGCGCUUGCCUCCCCCGGCGAGAUGGUGGGCGCCCUUGCCGCGCAGUCACUGGGCGAACCCGCAACUCAGAUGACCCUCAACACUUUCCAUUUCGCCGGCGUCUCCUCCAAGAACGUCACCCUGGGCGUGCCGCGUCUCAAGGAGAUCAUCAACAUCAGCAAGAAGCCGAAGGCGCCGUCGCUCACCGUGUUCCUCUUGGGCGCCGCUGCCAGGGACGCUGAGAAGGCGAAGAACGUGCUGUGCCGGAUGGAGCAUACCACGCUGAAGAAGGUAACCUCGAACACUGCCAUUUACUACGACCCGGACCCCCAAAACACAGUCAUCGUUGAGGACCAAGAAUUCGUUAACGUUUACUACGAAAUGCCCGAUUUCGACGUCUCACGAAUCUCCCCUUGGCUUCUGCGCAUCGAACUCGAUAGGAAAAAGAUGACAGACAAGAAGCUGACGAUGGAGCAGAUUUCGCAGAAGAUCAACUCCGGCUUUGGCGACGACCUCAACUGCAUCUUCAACGACGACAACGCUGAGAAACUCGUGCUCCGAAUCCGGAUCAUCGUGGGGGAUGACAAGCUUUCGGACGACGCGGAAGAGCAGGUGGACAAGAUGGAAGACGACACGUUCCUGCGGUGCAUCGAGGCCAACAUGCUGAACGACCUGACGCUGCAGGGCAUCGAGUCCAUCUCGAAGGUGUACAUGCACCUGCCGCAGACGGACGAGAAGAAGCGCAUCGUGAUCAACGAACAGGGCGAGUUCAAGGCCAUCGCCGAGUGGCUGCUGGAGACGGACGGCACGGCGCUCAUGAAGGUGCUGUCGGAGCGCGACGUGGACCCCAUCCGCACGUCCUCCAACGACAUCCUCGAGGUGUUCGAGGUGCUGGGCAUCGAGGCCGUGCGCAAGUGCAUCGAGAAGGAGAUGAACGCCGUGCUCAUGUUCUACGGCCUGUACGUCAACUACCGCCACCUGGCCCUGCUGUGCGACGUCAUGACGAGCAAGGGCCAUCUCAUGGCCAUCACGCGCCACGGCAUCAACCGCCAGGACACGGGCGCCCUCAUGAAGUGCUCGUUCGAGGAGUCGGUGGACGUGCUGAUGGAGGCGGCGUCGCACGCCGAGGUGGACCCCAUCCGCGGCGUGUCCGAGAACAUCAUGCUGGGCCAGCUGCCGCGCCUGGGCACCGGCUCCUUCGACCUGGUGCUCGACGACGACAAGUGCAAGCUGGGCAUGGAGAUCCCCAUGCCGGGCACGGGCAUGGUCAUGGCCGGCAGCCUGUUCGGCGCCGCGUCGCCGUCGUCCGCCCUCACGCCGGCGCAGACGCCCUGGGCCACGGCCUCCACGCCCUCCAUGUCGCCCUACGGCGGCUGGACCCCCGGCGUGGGCAGCGGCAUGACCCCGGGCGGCCCCGCCUUCUCGCCGACCGUCACCGACGCGGGCCUGUCGCCGGGCUACUCCCCCGCGUGGUCGCCGCAGCCCGGCAGCCCCGGGUCGCCGGCCGCCGCCAUGAGCCCCUACUUCCCCAGCCCCGCCAGCGCGCUCUCGCCCUCCUACUCGCCCUCCUCCCCCGCCUACCAGCCCGCCUCGCCCAGCCUCACCCCCGCCUCGCCCGGCUACUCCCCGACCUCCCCGACCUACAGCCCCACCAGCCCCCAGUACUCGCCCACCUCGCCCUCCUACUCGCCCACCUCGCCCUCCUACUCGCCCACCUCGCCCUCCUACUCCCCGACCUCCCCUUCGUACUCCCCGACCUCCCCCUCGUAUUCCCCGACCUCCCCCUCGUACUCCCCGACUUCCCCGAGCUACGCCCCGAAUUACUCCCCUUCCUCGCCGGGCUACUCCCCGACAAGCCCUUCCUACUCCCCGACCUCGCCGUCUUACUCCCCGACUUCGCCCCAGUACUCCCCCGCCUCCCCUUCCUACUCGCCCUCCUCGCCCAAAUACUCCCCGACCAGCCCGACCUACUCGCCGACCUCGCCCUCCUACUCGCCCUCCUCGCCCAAAUACUCCCCGACCUCUCCCCACUACUCCCCGACCUCGCCUUCCUACUCCCCGACCUCCCCGACGUACUCUCCCUCUAGCCCCCAGUACAGCCCGAGCAGCCCGAAAUACAGCCCGACCAGCCCGACUUAUAGCCCGAGCAGCCCGAAAUAUAGCCCGACCAGCCCGACUUACAGCCCGACCACGCCAGGCUAUAGCCCGACAUCGCCGAUUUAUUCGCCGAGUUUCGAAAAAGAGGAAGAGGAAGAGGAAGAGGAAGAGGCGGAGGAAGAGGAACAGAGCAAGAAACAGAAGAAGAAAGGAAAGCGUUAGAGAGAAGGAAAAAAUGAAGAAAAAGAAAUAUAUAUAAAUAUGUACGGAAUAUAUAUUAUAUUUAUCUAUAUUCUUUUUUUUUAUCGUAUUUUUCCUAUUUCUUAUCUUCUUAUUUUUUAUUCGUAUUUUUUAAAUCUCAUAUUUCUCAUGCAUUUGUCUUAUUAGUGAACAUAAUUAAUAUCUCCAUUAUUAUUUUUUUAAUAUGGAAUUAAUGACAUGAGAAAAUAAAUGACAAGAGUUAAUGACAAGAGAAUUAAUUAAUUAAUUAAUUAAUGACAAGAGAAAAUAAACCCUCAUAAUGGGUAAUAAUCCACGAUAAUUAAUUUUGUGUUUUUCCUUCUUCUGCUAUUUUCAGGGUCUACGAUAAAGCAUUUAUAAUAAUCGACUUUUUUUUGUAAAUAGCAAAUUAUAUUAUGAUGAUAUAAUAAUAUCAUAAUGAUAGAGUUAUAAGAAUGAAUAUGAAAGUUUCAGGAUUCUUUUUUUUAAUCAGAUUUUCAGAAUAUUUGUUGGUAAUAUUAAGGGAUCGAAAUGAAUUGGAGAAAUAAACCAAAAUGUGAAUUUUAAUCAUUUGAAAUAUGUUCGUAAAAAACACCGUUUGUGAAAAUAACCUUCUUUGUUUUUAGCUGAAUUAAAUCAAGAACAUGUAUAUAUAUUUUGUUAUUUAUUUAUCACUAUCUUACUUAUCUUGAAAAAAAAGUCUAUUGCUUAUUUUUCAAACCGAGAUUGUUGUAACAGUGUUGUGAAUGUAGUAUUAUAGCAGGGAUGUGAGAUGUGAAUACAUAUGUAUUAAUAACCGGAAUGUUGGAUUUUUGGUAAAUUUUAAGAUAAAGGUGACUUUACAUA